UGAUUUAUCGUUCACAACAUAGCUUUUCGUUUUACUUUUGCCGUGAGUACACAGAUAUUUUUUUCUUGUCAGCAAAAACGCAAAUAUUGUCAUUAAUAGUAAAUUAAAUACGCAAUUCGUUGAAAAAAAAACUACAGCAAAACGACGCUAAAAUGUCGCGUCGCACUAAUUUCAUCGACGGCAGUGAUAAUUUUCGCGAGCAAAAUCUGCGCUUUGUGCGGAACGAGCUGGAGGAUAAUUUUAAUCAGUUCUUUAGCGGCGGUGGUGGCGGUGCAGCGUCACCUGGCGGCAGUGCUGCAGCGGCAAGUGGAAGUAGAGCGCCACCUCGCGACUCGAUUGUUGUGCAACCCACGCCGGACAGCGAAGAAAGCAGAAGAAUUGCCGAGAUCCAAGAUCGUCGUCAGUAUAUUAGUGAGCAACUCGGCUUGAGUCGCAAACAGGCUCAAUUAAUGGCGGUCGCGUCGAUGGAAGUGCCCGACUUCAAUAUGCGUGAGAUUCAGCGCAAAAGAUUCCGAUUGAGCGUAGAAUUCGGUGACAGUCGUCAGGCCGAAGUGAACGCACUGAUAGCUCGCGAAAUUAAAUCGAUAAUCGAGGCGCACGAACAGCGGAAGAAGAAGAAUCAAGAUCGACCCCGUACUCCUCCGCCUCCCUGUAAUAUUAAUUGGAAUGCCAGUCGUGAGUCUUCGCCAAUUGCGAGAGACAGAUACAGAGAGCGAGAAAAAAGCCCGGAGAAUUACGGGCUGGUUCGCAGAACCGAUGACAACCGAAGACGGACCGAUAACGUGCGUCAAAUUGUACGAAACGAUAGUUAUCGGCAAGCUGACCGAAACCAUCACGGUCGUAAAGUUGAACGAAGCAAUGACGUUCGUCAAGUGCUUCGAAACGAUCAUUUUCGUGGAGUUGAACGACGCGAUAACGAUCGUGGGCAACGUCAGAGUAUUGAUCGUAACGAUAACUCUCGUCAAGUUGAUCGAAACGAAAACUUUCGUCAAGUUGAUCGAAACGAUAGCUUUCGUCAAGUCGAUCGAAUCGUUAACUUGCGUCCGAUUAGAGGAAACGAUAGACAACGUCAGAGUAUUGCUCGAAACGAUAACUUUCGCGACGUUGAUCGAAACGAUAGCCUUCGUCAAGUUGAUCGAAGCUAUGAACAACGUCAAAGUAUUGCUCGAAACGAUAACUUUCGCGAAAUUGAUCGAAACGAUAACGAUCGUGUACAACGUCAGAGUAUUUGUCGAAAUGAUAACUUUCGCGGACUUGAACGAAACGAUAACCUUCGUCAAGUUGAACGAAACGAUAAUUUUCGUGUUCAGAAUAAUGAACGACAAAAUAAUUUUGUUCAAGUUAAAAGAAACUUUGAACAAAAUGAUAAUUUUCGUAGAAAUGAACGCAAUUUACGCGAUCAUCUACGUCAAAAUAUUGAACGAAACGAUAACUUGCGCCUACAGAACUUUGAACGAAGCGACACUUUUCAAGGCGAACAGAAUAAUGAAAAAAUUGGUGACUUUCGUCGAGUAGAGCGAGACGAUCAGUUUUUUAGGGGACAGAAUAAUGAUCGAAUUGAUAACUUUCGUCGGGACGAUCGUCAAUUUGAAAGAGAUGAAAGAUAUCGUGAUCAGCAAACGCAGAAUGAUUUCGAUAACAACAAUUCCAGAUUUGUGGAUAAUCGUCGUAAUCCAAAUCUUGAAGAUAUUGACUUUAAUCAACGUAAUGUUGAUUUUGAACAGUUUGGAAACGAUGAUCGUUUGAACAAUUUAAAUCGGGAGCCAAAUUUUGGUUUAGUUCGCCAAGAAAAUUGCUCUAUCGAUAAUUUACGUGGAAACUUCGAUAGGAAUUUCGAAAAUUCAAACCGUAACGACUACGAUAAUCGAGAUUAUCGAUCAGUUCAAAUGCAUUUGCAAGAUAAUAAUAGUUAUCGUGAAAUUAAUCGUGAUGAUUUUCGUCAAGUUCAUGAUAUAACCGAUUUACCUAACGAACGUAAUUCAAUUCGUCAUAAUCGUUUCGAAAAUAAUUUUGGAGAUGAGCAGCCAAACGAUCGUUUCUAUAAUAAUGCUAGAGAUGACAAUACAUUUCGACGUCCUGAUUUUCCGGAAAGUUUUCUUCCGGCAACCAAUUUUAAUGAUCAACGAACAAAUGAAUUUGGAUUGUCGAUUUCUAUUAAUGCUGAUUAUAAUGCUGUCUUAGAUAAUGACGGUUUCUUGGCAAACGAUCGUCGUAGCUUGGAUAAUGAUUUUCGUGACAGAUCAGUCGAAAACCUUAAUAAUUUUGCUGAUCUUCAAUCUGGGCAAUUGAUAAUGAAAAAUGAUGGCAAUCAAAUGAAUUGGUAUGACGAUCGUAGAAAUUAUGAAUUAGAUGAUAACAGAUGCAUAAAUCCAACCAUUCAAAAUGAAUUGCCAAGAAAUCAAAUGAACAAUAGAAAUAAACCAAAUACCCUGGAUAUAAAUGAAAGAAUAAAUAAUGGAAAUAGAUUACCUCCAGUUUCAGUUAACAAAAAGAAUUCACAACCACCUGCAAAUCGUACUGCCAAUGCGGUGUCAAAGAAGCCAUCAACUGUUACAUCCACAACCAACACGAAUGUGGCCACAAUAAGUAUUUUCAAAGGUCAAAAUUCAGAUAAUUCUGCAACGAGCAGUCAACCGAAGAUUCCCAAUACCAAACCUUCAAAUAACAAACGAACCUUACUGCCAAAUCCUGCAGCAGCUGCCAGAGCAAUUGGUCAAAAAAAUGCUGCAGAAUCGGUUAAUUCGGAGCCGCUAAAAAAGAAAAGAAAAGUCAAUCUAUAUAAGCGUGGCUUUCUGGUUGGAGGCUACAGGUUGCCCUACGUAAACAAGAAUUUAAAAGAAUUGCCUCAACCCGAGGAAGAGUCCUAUGCAGUGACAUUCUUUGAACAGAAGCCCAUUUAUAAUACCUGCAUAUAUGCACAGGAUAAUGAUGGAGCUGAAGUUUUAAUUGAUACAGAUGACGAUGAUAAUUCGGAUGAUGAGGCGGGUCCAUCUGGCUUGAAUAUGCAGCCUGUACUGCUGGGUAAAAUAAAGCGAUCGGCAAUACGAAAGCGUAUCGAUAAAACCUGGACAAAAAUCUAUCGUUUGAAUAAUUAUAAAUGCUGGCACACCUGGUGGAAGGCCUUCAAAUGGUGUGAAUUGGAAAUGAACAAGAAACUGGAGAAAUUUGGCAAUCUUAAUAUAAAGAGCAAGUUUCUACCUAUUUAUCCGAAGAAGAGCACACAGCAGGUGAUCGAUAUUGUGAUGAGAUCGGCGCAUUUUGCAUUGGAAGAGAAUACACGGAACCAUUUUCGUGACUCCAAAACGCUCUAUAUGCUGAUGAAUGACACAUUUUUGGAGAACCUGAAAUAUCCGGAAAUAGAGCAGUUACAAGACAUGAUCCGGGGUAUUCCCAAUCACUUGUGGGCGUACAAAAUGCGCAGUAUGGUUUAUAUCUGGGCAGAAUACUUUAAGACCGCCUCGCCCAAGACGGGAAAUCCCCGAGACUUUGCUGCUUUACAGGCCAAAUGGAAGAAUCCAGUAUUUCACUGGCUGUGCAAGCAAUCUUUCGAAGAAUUAAAAGCUAUCAGCGCAGUAGAAUGGCCGGAACACAAUGAAGUAUUUCCCAAUCUGAAAUCACGUCCAGUUUAAGAUGAUUCUAAUAUUAUUACAUUUUAGUACUCCUUAAAAUAAAACUGAAUAUCAUGUUUCCCAGUAUAAAA